AUGUUGGAGGAAGACGAUUUUUCACAUGAUUCAGCGGAAAUAGUGAUGCUUCCACCAGAAACCGGAGCUGAAACUGACGAAGAUUCUGGAGAUGAGGAUACCGUGUCUCCCGAUAACCUACCAUCCUCACAGCUUCGUGCUCCAGCUGAAAUAUCACUACCAUUAGAGGACUCAGACUCAGACGAUGACAAUCUUCCGUUGUCAAGGUUGGCUACUAGGUCUAAGCCUCCAAAGUCAUCUAGGGCCUUCAACUGGAGAGACUCUCAUGUGUCCGCGUCUGAGAGCCGGUGGCCAGACUGUAAAUUCCAUAUUUUUUUCGACAAUUUCUUUUCGGGAAUACCGCUUCUUGAACAACUAUCUGCAUGUGGCAUACGGGAAACUGGUACAAUUAGAAGUAAUAGAAUUACGAAUAACCCUUUGAAAUCGGUAGCUGAAAUGAAAAAAACUGCAAGAGAGACGCACGACUACAAGACAGAUCUUGAUAAAAAUUUGACAGUCUUAUGUUGGAAUGAUAACAGUGUAGUAUCUUUAGCAUCAACUGCGGUUGGUGUCAACCCUAUUCGCAUGGUAAAACGUCAAAGGGAAAAUAUUGAUUCGCGGUUUGACGGAUUACACCAUUAUGUCAUUCCCCAAAAUAAACUGACCAGAUGCCGUCACUGCCAUCUUAAAACCACUACAAGGUGCAUCAAGUGCGACAUUGGGCUUCAUGUGAAAUGCUUUGUCGAUUUUCAUACCAGAUAA